UGGUUGAUAUCAAUCAUAUUCAUCUCGUUCGUCGCUCGCUCGGCUUUCCCUAAGCUUCCGUGUCUUCGUAGCCCUCUCCCUUCUCCCCAUACUUUCUCUGCCAGAGCUCUAGCAGCCAUAAAUGGAGCCUUUUCACCGUCCCCUGCGCCGUUGAGACCUUCUUGUGGUCCAAAGAUCACACCUUGGCGUAGUUCUUUAUUAACCUCAAGCUUUUAGGGUUCGGAAAGGAGCACAGGAGGAGAUAUAGGGUGAAUGACGAGAUGGGAAGGAGUAGACGAAAAUCUGGAGAAGAUGGUAAUCACGGCGAAUCUGGAUCAUGCGGCCGACCGUCGCCUGAUUCGUGAAGCUUUCAAGGACUUUCAGCUCGGAAUAGAUCACUGCCUCUUCAAGGCAGAAUAUGAAGGGAUAAAAAUGAAGGAGUCCUAUGAGGUGAAUUCAAGAGGUUUGGAAAUAUUCACCAAACGCUGGCUUCCGGGGAAUCAUCGAGUGAAGGCACUCGUGUUUUUCUGCCAUGGUUAUGGAGACACAUGCACAUUUUUCGUUGAAGGUAUAGCCAAAAAGAUAGCCUCAGCUGGCUAUGGAUUUUUUGCUAUGGAUUAUCCGGGCUUCGGUCUUUCGGAAGGAUUACAUGGCUAUAUCCCAAGCUUUGAUGAUCUUGUUCAUGAUGUGGUUGAGCAUUUCUCCAAAAUUAAAGAGAACCCUGAAUUUAAAGGUAUUCCGAGCUUCUUAUUCGGCCAAUCGAUGGGUGGAGCGGUCGCCUUGAAGGUUCAUCUUAAACAACCUCAGUCGUGGGAUGGCGCAAUUCUACUCGCUCCAAUGUGUAAGAUAUCGGAUGAUGUGCUUCCUCCUUGGCCAAUGGUGCAUCUUCUAAUCAUUUUGGCAAAAGUAUUUCCCAAAGAGAAGUUAGUGCCUCAGAAGGAUUUAGCAGAGAUGGCAUUCAAGGAUUUGAAAAAGAGGGAACAGACUUCCUAUAAUGUCAUUGCUUACAAAGGCAAACCUCGCUUGAGGACGGCUGUCGAGAUGCUCCAGACGACAGAGGAAAUAGAACGUCGGCUUGAAGAAGUACGUGAUUUACUUUCCAUUAAAGUUCUGUUUUUCAUUAAAGAAUUUUUUGUCGAAAUGAAUUCUAGAAUGGAGAGGAAUUGAUUUAAAUUCAUGUGGAUAGUUUACUUCCA